UGUAAAGUAGCCCACAAGAAAUUGUCGGUAAUGCGCGAACACUUGGGAUGACUGAGGUACCUUCCAUCUGUCAGGGAAGAUGGCAGUGAAAUGCAUUUGCCGGGCAGGGCCAAGUUACACUUCACAAAGGUGAACCUUGUGUCUGGAAUGACAACAAUGAGAAUCUAUGAUCGUGAGGUGGUGAGAUACGUGCACAUACUGUUCUGCUUUGUAGUGCUGGUGCUGCGGGCUGGAUUGAUGUAUGUGGCUUUCUCAAUCAGAGGGCGCCUGUUCCACUUCAAUGUUUUCCUGCAUGACUACGUCACUGUGCUGGCUUUCUACCUAAUCACCAGCUCCUCUGCCUUUAUGGCGCUCACAGCUGUUGGAAUAUGCGCUGCGGUAACCUUCAAACGUUCGCUGUUCAUCACUUACAGUUCAGUUUUGGCAGUUCUGUACAUGACAGAAAUAGUUAUGUUUGGACUCGCUUUCAACAUGUGGUUGAAUCUCAAUGCGACAGUCGAAGCAACAAUGGACUACCACAUGAGUAACUACGACACAAACCCACAUGAUAUCGACUACGUACAGGAAGAGUUGCGUUGCUGUGGCAAGUAUCGGGAGGAGGAAUGGCUCGAUACAAUCGCCUACAUACCUGCGUCCUGCUGUCCGUCCAGGCCUCCAACCGACACAGACGAGUUCUGCUCCAUUCUACCUCCGGAUAUCAGUUACAUCAUCCACAACACGGGAUGUCUGAGGAAGCUGCAGGAGAUGCCACGCACAGGACUUGCGAUAGUGACCUCAGCGCUCAUUGGCCUCUGUGGGGUCGAGGUGCUAAGUUUCUGCGUGUCCACCUAUGCCUCACGCGGCACACGAACGUCUCUAUCAAUCAAGAAUACCAACAUUACACAAGCUUACGAAGCAGCAGACAAAUCGACGAAAGAUACAAACAUCUACAUUGAAAAGCAGAACAACUUAAGAAAAGCAGGUGAUUCUUGUAAGUGCAGUGUUCUCCGUCUCAAUGUGAAGACUGACUUUCCUUGUACGCACAGUUUAAACACGAGUAUAGGCUCUUUGAAUAUCAUGAAUCAUACGAAAGUGUGAAUUAACUGAUAAAUUCCCAACACGUAAGAAGAAGAUGAUUGUACGCCUAUUCACAAUAAUAUAUCCGUUAAAGUAAAAAAGUAAAGAUAUCCCUGUAACAGGCCGUGAAGGCCCAUAGGGUUGUGAGA